AUGGCAUCCGGCACGGAUCCCGCGGCCCCCCCGGCCCCUGCGCCCGACGCCGCCACGGCCAAAAAGAAUGAACAGAAGGAGAAGGCCAAGGCCGAUAAGGCCGCCAAGUUCGCAGCAAAGCAAGCCAAGUUGAAGCAGCAGCAGCAGCAGCAGCCACAGCAGAAGGCUGCCGCACAGCCGACUCCAAAGGCUCAGGCCCCCUCCCUUCCUCCUUACGUGGACGAGACCCCCGCCGGCGAGAAGAAGAAGAUCCAGUCGUUCGAACAUCCGCACUUCCAAGCAUACAACCCCAAAGCCGUCGAAUCCGCUUGGUACCAAUGGUGGGAGAAGAGCGGCUUCUUUCAGCCACAGCCGGCCCGUUCGCCCGACGCGGGCAAGUUCGUCAUCCCUCUACCGCCUCCCAAUGUUACGGGUGCGCUUCACUGCGGCCAUGCCCUGGCCAAUUCGCUCCAGGACACUCUGAUUCGGUGGUAUCGGAUGAGAGGCUACUCUACACUGUGGGUGCCAGGCUGUGACCACGCCGGUAUCUCGACGCAGUCCGUGGUGGAGAAGAUGCUCUGGAAGAAACAGAAGAAGACGCGCCUUGAGCUUGGCCGAGACGAGUUCACGAAGCUUGUUUGGGAAUGGAAGGGCGAGUACCAUGAGCGGAUCAACAAUGCCCAGAGACUUAUGGGUGGGUCAAUGGAUUGGACCCGCGAGGCCUUCACCAUGGACGAGAAUCUCAGCGCGGCGACCAUGGAGACCUUCUGCCGCCUUCACGAUGAAGGAUACAUCUACAGGUCCAGCCGUUUGGUGAACUGGUGCACUCACCUGAGGACUGCCCUCAGCUCAUUGGAGGUGGAAAACAAGGAGAUAACUGGCCGUACAAUGCUCGAUGUGCCGGGCUAUGACAGGAAAGUCGAGUUCGGUGUCCUCACGUACUUCAAAUACCCGAUCGAUGGCACGGACCUGACCAUUGAGGUUGCGACAACGCGUCCCGAGACCAUGCUCGGCGACAGCGGUAUUGCCGUUGCCCCUGGGGAUAGUCGCUACGCUCAUCUCGUUGGAAAAUCCGCGCGCCAUCCAUUCACGAACCGCCUCCUCCCUAUUGUUGAAGACAGCUACGUGGAUCCGGAGUUCGGUACAGGUGCUGUCAAGCUGACCCCUGCUCAUGACUUUAACGAUUACAAGCUAGGCGAACGUCACAACCUUGAGUUCAUCAACAUUCUAAACGAGGAUGGCACCCUCAACGAGAAUGCCGGUCCAAUGUUUCAGGGACAGAAGAGGUUCCAGGCUCGGUAUACCGUCGUCGAGGAGCUGACGAAGCUCGGGCUUUUCGUCAAGAAGGAGCCGAACGCGAUGACCAUUCCCUUAUGCGAGAAGACCAAGGAUGUCAUUGAACCGUACAUGACGCCUCAAUGGUGGGUUCGCAUGAAGGAGAUGGCAGAAGCUGCUCUCAAGGUUGUUGAGGAAGGCAAAAUCAAGAUCUCUCCUGAGAGUGCGAGGAAAUCGUACGACCGGUGGUUGUCCAAUGUCAACGACUGGUGUAUCUCUCGGCAGCUUUGGUGGGGCCACCGCAUUCCAGCCUACCGCGUCAUAUUCGAGGGCGAGGAGGACCGUCCUGAAACCGACAACUCCCUGUGGGUUGUUGGCAGGACUCCGCAGGAAGCGCAGGCCAAGGCCGAGGCGAAGUACGCAGGGAAGAAGUUCCGUCUGGAGCAGGACCCCGACUGCUUAGACACCUGGUUCAGCUCUGGCUUGUGGCCCAUGUCGAUUCUCGGCUGGCCCAACACCGAGAGUCCUGACUUCAAGAACUUCUUCCCGACCAGCAUGCUAGAGACGGGCUGGGAUAUUCUGUUCUUCUGGGUCAGUCGGAUGAUCAUGCUCAGUCUUAAGCUCACGGGCGAGGUUCCUUUCACCGAGGUCUACUGUCACAGUCUUAUCCGGGACUCUGAGGGCAGGAAGAUGAGCAAGUCGCUGGGCAACGUUAUUGACCCACUUGACAUCAUCAACGGCAUUGAGCUGGAGACUCUGCACGCCAAGCUCCUCACCGGCAACCUCAAAGAAGACGAAGUUGAGCGUGCCACCAAAUACCAGAAGACGGCGUUCCCCGGUGGCAUCCCGGAGUGCGGAGCAGACGCGCUUCGGUUCACCUUGCUUUCCUACACCACAGGCGGCGGCGACAUCAAUUUCGACAUCAAGGUCAUGCACGCCUACCGCCGGUUCUGCAACAAGGUCUGGCAAGCCAGCAAAUACAUCUUGGGCAAGCUGCCUCAAGACUUUGUUCCGGCUUCCACUCUCGACACUUCGGCUCUAUCCAUCCCGGAGCGUUGGAUCCUCUAUCGCAUGAACUGCGCCGUCAAGGGCAUUAACGAGGCACUUGAGGCGCGCCAGUUCUCGACCAGUACCAAGCUUGCCUACCAGUUCUUCUACGACGAACUGUGCGACGUGUUCAUUGAGAACAGCAAGGGCAUCUUGAGCGAUGGCACUCCGGAGCAGCAACAGAGCGUCCAACAGACACUGUAUCGGACACUAGAUGUUGCGUUGCGCCUCAUGCAUCCCUUCAUGCCCUUCAUCACGGAGGAGUUGUGGCAGCGCCUGCCGCGCAGCAAGGAUGAUUCGCUGCCGUCUAUUAUGCUGGCGCCGUACCCAGAGCCUGACAAGACAUUGGACUUCAUCUCCGACGCCGAAGAUUACGAACUCGGUCUGCAGUGCGCUGGUGGCAUCCGUUCUCUGGCUUCCGACUACACUAUCCGGUCCGACGGGCGUGCCUUCAUCAAGGCAUCCACAACGACUAGCCUGGAGAAGGUCAGCGCACAGCUCCAGUCGAUCAAGACUCUAUCCGGGAAGGGCAUUGCUGAGGUCAGCGUUCUUGGUCCGGAUUCCGACGAGGCGACAUUGCCCAAGGGCUGUGCAGUGUACGUGGUCUCUGCAGACGUGGCUGUCUUACUAGAGGUCAGCUCGCAGAUCAAGGACAUCGACGCGGAGAUUAAAAAGAUAAACACGAAGCUGCAGAAGACAGACAUGGCGAUCAAAAAACAGCAGGAGCUGAUGGGUCGUGAGGGCUUCGAGAAGGUUAGCGACAUGGUUCUGACGGCAGAGAAGAAGAAGCUCUCCGAUGCUCAGGCGGCAAAGGAGAACUACGAGAGGACACUGGCUGAAUUCAGCAAACUCAAGCUGAACUGA